GCCAAGCCUGGGAGCUUCUGCCAGAAUGUGGAAUUCCUCAAUUUGCUGCCCAAGAGAGGCCCUAGUGCCUUCUCAGCCUUCUGUGAAGCCCUGCGAGAGACCAAGCAGCAGCACCUGGAGGCCAUGAUCUUGAUGACAACGUCCAGCCUGAGCCAUGGCACUGCAGGGGUGGAACGCUGCUACGGACCAGAGCCGCCCCUGCCUGCCGGCGAGCUGGGGAACGCCAAGCGGCCGCGCUGGGCCGAACCAGUGGAACAUUCCUUGGAUAAUGGAGAUGGUCCCACAAUUCCUCCCGUGAAGUGCUGCACUCCUAAAUUCUAUCAUUCUCAUCAGCACUUGGCAUACAAACUGAUCUCAGAGCCCCGAGGCUUAGCUCUUAUUCUCAGCAAUGUCCAUUUCAGUGGUGAGAAUGACCUGGAGUAUCGUGCAGGGGGAGAUGUGGACUGCACUGCCCUGGAGAUGCUCUUCAAGCAGCUCGGGUAUCAGGUGACUGUCUUCCAUGACCAGAGUGCCCAGGAGAUGCAGUGUGCCUUGGAGAGAUUCUCUAAGCUGCCAGAUCACCAGAACGUGGAUUCCUGCAUCGUAGCUCUCCUGUCCCACGGCGUGGAGGGUGGGGUUUAUGGCAGUGAUGGCAAACUGCUGCAGUUGCAGGAGGUCUUCCGCUUCUUUGAUAAUGCAAACUGUCCAAAUCUCCAGAAUAAGCCUAAAAUGUUCUUUAUUCAGGCCUGCCGGGGAG